AUGCCGCCUCCACCACCCCCUCCGCCCCCAAUGCCGCCCGGCAUGUCAGGUGGCCCACCACCUCCCCCUCCACCACCACCCGGAGGCUUGCCCAGUAGACCCCCCGCUGCUGCUGCCAAAGGUCGAGGCGCUUUGCUAGGAGACAUCACAAAAGGCACCAAGCUCAAGAAGGUCACCCAGGUCAAUGAUCGUUCUGCUCCCAUCCUCGGAAAUGAAAAGAAGUCGUCAGGUCCCGUCGCUAUGGGUGCUCCCCCAGUACCAGGAAUGCUCAAACCACCCGGAGGCUCUGCUCCUCCACCUCCUUCCGGCGGCAAUAGAGAUCGUGCCUCGAGCGAUGCAGGAGCUGCUCCCCCUCAAUUGGGAGGCCUUUUCGCUGGCGGCAUGCCCAAACUACGCAAGUCAGGUGGCGUCAAGACUGGUGCAGAUGAGGAUUCGUCAUAUUUGGGAGGUUCGGAUGCUCCAUCUCGUCCCGUUUCUGCCGCACCAAAACCUCCAGGUGCUCCUCCUCGCCCCGCCAGUUCUGCUCCGCCAGUCCCCCCACCAGCUCCCCCAAUGGCACCACCACCAAAUCCUGCUGUAUCCGCCCUUAGAAACAGCGUGCGACCCGGACCACAGACUACAAGCUCCUCGCCAGCUGUACCAUCCAAACCCAAACCUCCAAUUGGCAAGAAACCGCCCAUGCCGCCUCCAUCUUCGCGCAAACCCUCGGGCAACAUUCCACCUCCUCCAUCUUCUGCCUCGCCAGCCCCUCCAGCCGCCCCUCCAUUGCCCCCGUCCUCAGCCCCUAGGCCACCACCGCCUCCUCCUUCGAUUAGCGCACCACCACCACCCAUGAGCAAUGCCCCAUCCUUGGCCGAAACAGCUGCGCGCAACGCAUUUGGCCGAGCCUCGCCUGCCGCUCCUCCACCACCACCACCUCCUCCACCAGCCAGUGCUACGCCUCGGAGGUCGCCUGCACCUGCACCACCACCGCCUCCGCCUGCCGCCGCGCCUUCACCACCCAGACCACCAAUUGCAGCACCUAGUCCACCAGUCGCAGCGCCUUCACCACCUCCCUCGGCACCACCUACACGACCUCACGCAGGUUCCAUCUCACGUUCAACCCUGGAUGCCUCAUCUUACACAUUGAGCAAUGGAGCAAAAUCACCAAGUAUGUCACAAGGAACAGGCGGGAGCAGGAUGGGAGGAGGGCGCAUCACGAUCGAAGACACCCGCUUCAAGUUCCAGCCUGAUGAGACGCUUCCCAAGCCGCGAGAAUUCUCGGGAGUCACAAAAAUGUACCGGGCGGGGAGAGGCAGUACGGUGCCGUUAGAUCUUGCGGCUUUCGAAUAG